ACGUGUAUUAUUCCAAUCGCAUUUAGAUAAACAUUUGUUUUGAAAGCCGUGACCAAAUUCCAUAAAUACUCGCUAAAUUAUUUCUUGCUUGGAGACAUAAUAAUGGUUUUUGUCACCGUAUCACAUUUCUGUAAAAAAUUUACGAAAAAAUAUCAAUUGAGAUUCGUGGAUUCGUUGCGAUUGAAUGUUAAAGGUGGCCACGGAGGAAAUGGAUAUCCAAAGUACGGUGGUAUUGGUGGUCAAGGUGGCUGUGUUCAAUUUGAGGCCAAUGAGAAAAAUUCGUUGAACGCUCUUGCCAAAAAAUACCGUGGUAUAGCGAUCAAAGCGGAAUCGGGUGAAGAUAGUUCAAAAUCUCGUAUUUUGGGACGUCGCGGUGAGGAUUUGAAAAUUAAAGUGCCAAUUGGUGUGACCAUUUUUGAUGAGAACCACACAAAAAUUGGUGAACUCAAUGAACCGGGCGACACAUGUUUGGCAGCCGGUGGUGGAAUCGGCGGUUGUUCUGGCAACAAUUUCUUAGGAACAAAAGGACAGAGCCACGUCGUUACGUUAGACCUUAAGUUAAUUGCCGAUGUUGGAAUGGUGGGAUUCCCAAAUGCCGGUAAAAGUACAUUGCUGAAAGCCAUAUCACGAGCGAACCCAAAAAUAGCUUCUUAUCCAUUUACAACACUUCGACCACAAAUUGGAACCAUUGGGUAUAGUGACUAUCGACAAAUCACAGUUGCUGAUUUACCGGGUUUGAUUGAAGGUGCUCAUGCAAACAUCGGAAUGGGUCACAAAUUUUUAAAACACAUUGAAAGAACAAAACUACUUCUUAUGGUCGUUGAUUUGUUCGGAUUUAAAUUGAGUGCAGUGCAUCGAUUACGAACAUGCAUUCAAAAUAUCUACGCAUUGAAUAAAGAGCUCGAAUUGUAUGACAACGAACUAUUGGAUCGGCCGUGUAUUUUACUAUUGAACAAAAUUGACGAAGACGGUGCACAGAGUGAAUAUGAUCAAAUCAAGGAGAAAAUUUUGGAUUUAAAAUCUCAUACAAAUGACUGUCCUGAAGAGUUGCUAUCGGAACGAUAUUUAGAGUUUGAUGACGUUCAUGUGAUUUCGGCAAAAAAUGAAAUUGGCAUCGACAAUGUAAAAACAUCGAUACGUGAAUUACUCGAUAAAUACGCGGAGAAAACCGAAAACCUUUCAACCGAUUCGAAUUCAAAUAUCAAAGAGAAUUGUGGGUGAACAUUUAUAUAAAUCGAUUUGUAUAAUUAUCUGUAGAUGUAUGAAGAAAUAUAAAUAUGAAUUUAAAUGA